CAAACAAUGAGUAUACGCCUAAAACUUAAACCUCAAAGCGAGAUUUGUGGAGAUUGUGGAGCUUCUGAUCCUUCAUGGGCUUCUUUAAAUCGAGGUAUUUUGCUUUGCUCAGACUGUUGUUCAAUUCAUCGUAGUUUGGGUCGUCAUGUUAGUAUCAUUAAGAGUUUACGACAAGGUUAUUGGCCAUUGUCACAACUUAACUUUAUUAAGAUACUUGCACAAAGUGCGAAUAAUAUAUGGGAACAUUCAUUAUUUGAUGUAAGCAAUAAUAAAAUUCCAAAACACAAGCCAACCCCAAAGGAACCACUUCACCCAAACAAAGCAGAUUUUAUACAAGCAAAGCAUUGCAAUCUACAAUUUGUUUUAAAACCGAAAAUUCAUUACGAUGGUACGCUUGGAGGAGAAGUUGAGUUAAGUAAACAACUUCAUGCAAGUGUUCGAUCGAGUAAUUUAGAAACAUCUUUGAGACUUUUAGUGCAAGGGGGUGACCCUAACUAUUUUUAUGAGGAAAAACAGUCAACCCCUUUGCAUGUAGCAGCGAAAUUUGGACAAGCAUCACAAAUUGAAUUAUUGAUAGUUUAUGGUGCUAACAUAAAUGUUAUUGAUGGAAAUGGACAAACUCCAAUCGAAGUAGCCAAAAAUAAUGAUCAUACAGUUAUUGCGGAAAGGUUAAUUGAAGCAAUGUAUGAAGUAACAGACCGAAUCGUUACAUUUUUAGGUGAUAAAAAACCAGAUCAUAUAUCUGGGAAGCAUUUAAUUAUACCGGAAAGAAAAAAUACUGAAAUGAGUGAACAUUUAAAAAUAGCUCGAGGAAAAUUACAAUUGGUGCCGAAUAAAAUGUUUGAAGAACUGGUAAUGGAUUUAUAUGAUGAGGUUGAUCGUCGAGAAAAUGAAGCUAUUUGGGUUACAAGUUCUCUCAAUCCAGAUAGUGGGGCAGUGCCUUUUCUGCCAGCAAAUCCUUUUUUAAGCGCAACUCGUAACCAAGGUCGUCAAAAAUUAGCAAGGUUUAGUCCAAAUCAGUUUUUUGGUUUACUAACUGAUGUGUUAAUAGAUGCCAAACGACGUCAAAACAUGGCCAAUUUAAGACCAGUCGACAUAUCACCUGUAAGAAAGCUGAGACCUUGUGGAUCUGUUUCUAAUUUAUCUGACGAUGAGCCAUUGUACGAUGAUGUAGCUGACGAUGACUAUACAGCACCUUUUUAAUAUUUAAAACUUAAUUUGAAAAGAAAUAUUUAUCAGUAUUGGAAAAAAUUUAAUUAAAGUAACUUUAUUGAUUUUCCAUUUUCACCUUAA